AUGCUCGGCCUCCGGCGCCUCCUCGCUGUCUCCGGCCGCCACACGCCGGAGGUCACCUCCGCCUCUGCGGCCUCCUCCCACAGCGCCGUCUUCUUUCGCGCCCUCCAAAUCCUCGCCCAGCCGGGGCCCGUCCGCCUCCAGAAGCUCUCGGCUCCGGACACCGGGAUCGUGGAGCUGAGGUUGGAGCGGCCGGAGGCCAAGAACGCCAUAGGGAAGGAGAUGCUCCAGGGGCUGCGGAGCGCGAUCCAGGAGGUGGAGGCCGACACGGCUGCAAACGUCGUCUUGGUGGCGAGCUCGGUGCCCAAGGUUUUCUGCGCGGGCGCCGAUCUCAAGGAAAGGAGAUUGAUGGGCCCUACUGAAGUUCGGGACUUCGUUAAUUCCUUAAGGUCUACAUUUUCAUCCUUUGAGGCACUGUCUAUUCCUACAAUUGCUGUUGUCGAAGGGGUUGCUUUCGGUGGCGGGUUAGAAUUGGCUCUGUCAUGUGAUCUUCGCAUAUGUGGCGAGGAUGCAAAAUUCAGUUUGCCAGAGACUGGCCUUGCUAUUAUUCCAGGUGCUGGAGGAACACAGCGCCUUCCUAGGAUUGUUGGAAGGUCAAGAGCAAAGGAACUAAUAUUCACUGGUCGCAGAUUUGAUGCAGUGGAAGCUGUAACUAUGGGAGUUGUAAACUACUGUGUUCCUGCCGGCGAGGCUUAUCAAAAGGCUCUUGAACUUGCGCGGGAGAUAAACCAGAAAGGCCCGGUAGCGGUAAAAAUGGCUAAGAAGGCCAUCAAUCAAGGGGCAGAGGUAGACAUGCCCUCGGCAUUGGCUGUUGAAGAAGAAUGCUACGAGCAAGUCUUGCACACUCAGGAUCGUCUUGAAGGUCUAGCAGCAUUUGCCGAGAAAAGAAAGCCUGUAUAUAAAGGGAAGUAG